GCAGUAAGGUAUUGCAUUCUUGCUGGGUCUCCUGUGAGCUCUUCCGAGUUCCAAGUUGCGCACUCUGAGGUGGUUUUUAUUUUGCUAUUUCGCCUGUAAAUUAACAUAGGAAUAUUAAUAUCAGACAAAUUGCUAAGUACCUGCUCCCUGCCAAACCAGCGGUGCAGAUGGAAAGGAGCAUCACCUUCAACAUCCUUGCUCCUGAUUGGCUCUUUGGUUGCUCUGAUACUCAUGGUCAGAAUUCAAAAUAUAGAACUCGUUUCCAAAGCAGCUACUAUGCUUUAAUCCACCUUUAAUACAGUCUAUGAUACUGAUCCUAACUCUGACCCAUCCUUGACCUAGGAGGAGGAGUCUGGUGCUAAAACUAAAACAGUGUCUUUGUAACAGGAGCCAGAGGGAGCAUGAGCCGUCACAGCUGUUCUCUCCUCUCACUCCUGUUUCUGCUGCUUUUGCCUCGGCCUUCUCUCUUUUACUUUUACUUCAAAAUCAGCUGUGAAAUUGGCAAUAAUACAGUUACUUGCAGUGGUAGUGGUCUUAACUCUAUUCCCCCUGAGAUACCCAAGACUGCCACAGCUGUGAGAAUAACUGACAGUCACAUACAGAGCAUCAAACAGACAGCUCUCACUGGGUUAUACAAACUAAACACUUUAGACCUGAUACACUGUAAUAUCUCACACAUCGAAGAUGAAGCCUUUUCAGAUUUAUCAGCUUUAACUAUUCUUAUGUUAGAUAAAAACCAUCUCACACUUCUGACUGACAACAUGUUCAAGGGACUGUCCAACCUGUCAAGUCUGAGUUUAACGACAAAUAAAAUUACAUCAAUUUCAAAGAGUGCAUUUAAGCCUUUAAAUAAACUAGACACACUGGACUUGUCCCGUAAUUAUUUGAUCCAAUACAGUGACAUUGUUCACAUAUAUUUACACUGUCCAUCAUUAGAGACAUUAUAUCUUAGAUUUAACAAAUUCACUUCAUUUGAAGCUAACAAAUUGCCAUUAUCUGUAUUAAAAACUUUAAGUCUUGAAGGAAACAAUCUAACUUUAUUUGAUACUGAAAAUUCAACAUUUCAGUUUCUGACCCUCAGAGAACUGAAUUUGGACUCGACCCCUCUGAGGCGGUUGAGCGUUCACUCAGAUGUGUUUCCUCAUUUAAAGUCUCUCAGUUUGACUAAUGUAUCAGCAUCGGUCAUUGAAUGGGACGUCUCUGACAAAUACUUUUUCAGAAAUCUGACCCAUUUAAACUUGAAGGAUACAAAUUUUACAAUCGAGACGUAUCAGUUACUUUUUCAAAUGGUUGAUUCAGUUUAUAAUCUUAAUCUAGAAAAUAUUGGCAGUUUUUUGUUUGACAAAAGUCUGUUGGACUUCGCUUGCAGUAUCCCAUCCUUAACAAUGUUACAGUUAAGAUUUAAUCACAUUGCCAUUUUAAAUGAUAGUCUUUUACAGUCCUGCAGCAAUCUAAAAAGAGUGGACCUCUCAUGUAAUUCAAUGACUGAUUUGACUGACACCUCACUCCAAAUGUUGACACAACUAAUUACACUUAAUUUGGAUGAAAAUCAAUUAUCCAGAAUACCAGUGGCAAUUAGAAACUUGACCACCCUGAAAUAUUUGUUUUUGGAUUCAAACCACAUCAGUGAACUUCAGUGUUCAGACUUUACUCAUUUAUCACUGUUAACCGAACUUUCUCUUCAUAACAAUGUCAUUUCUAAACUAGACAGCUGUUUUUUUCAGACUCUCACUAACUUAAAUAUUCUAGAUGUUAGCAUAAAUCAUCUUGUUCAGUUAGACGGUGCUUUUGAUGGAACCUUGCACAAACUGAAGGGUUUAGAUGUUUCUAGAAAUAACAUUGUGUGGCUUCACAAAGGCAUCUUUCGAGAUAUGUCCUCUCUGACGUUUUUAAAUCUUGAGUCAAUUGGAGUAACUUCAGUUGAAGGUGGUGUCUUCGAAGGACUGUACAAUCUUACUGAUCUUUUUCUUUCAGCAAGUUCACUCCAGAGAUACAUUAGCAGGGUUACCCCAGCUCAGACACCUGACAUUAGUCAUCUACUGCCUAACUACAUGUCAGCACUCAACUACUGAGUCAUUAUUUAGUUUGCCUUCACUGAAGUAUUUGAAGAUCACAGUUGUUGGGGACCUUUGUUUUGAGUUUCCCAGUGAUGGUUUUAAAGGUUUAGACAAUUUAAAAAUUUUACAAUCAAAAAAUGUGUUCCUUGA